AAGUGUGCUCUGCCAGCUUGGUUCCCCCGGCGGGAAGGUGUGUCCGGCGUGGGGGAAGCAUGGCUGCGGUGCCCCCCGAUACGUGGCAGCCGCCCACUGUUUCUUUGGAGACUACAAUGGGCGUCAUUGUUGUGGAGCUAUACUGGAAACAUGCACCAAAAACUUGUAAAAAUUUUGCUGAACUGGCCAGACGAGGUUACUACAAUGGCACAAAGUUUCAUCGGAUAAUCAAGGACUUCAUGAUUCAAGGGGGUGAUCCAACAGGAACUGGAAGAGGAGGUGCAUCCAUUUAUGGCAAGCAAUUUGAAGAUGAACUCCAUCCAGAACUAAAGUUUACAGGUGCAGGAAUUCUUGCUAUGGCAAAUGCAGGCCCUGACACCAACGGAAGCCAAUUCUUUAUCACGUUAGCACCAACUCAGUGGCUUGAUGGGAAGCACACUAUAUUUGGACGUAUUUGCCAAGGAAUUGGCAUAGUCAACCGAGUGGGCAUGGUGGAAACCAAUGCACAAGAUCGUCCAGUGGAUGAUGUCAAGCUCUUGAAGGUUUUCCCAUCAGGCUAAACGAGAUUUGAGAAUUUUGUGCUGAAUCUAAUGGUGUUCCAUUGUGUUCGGUCUCUUAAGAUGAUAAUUGUUUUGUUCUGAAAGAUACUUGCUAGUUUUUUAGGUGCAGGAUACUCCUGUAUUAAAAUGUGUCUUCUAAAAUUA